AUGAAUAAUCCAUUCUUCCAACGCGCGAGCGAGAAGCAAAAAGAAACGCGAGAGCAAGAAACUGCGAACCAACCGUGGAUCGAAAAAUGGCGACCGACGAAAUUAGACGACAUCGUCGGCCACGAGGAAACGCUGAACCAAAUGCGAGGGAUGAUUGAAACCGGCUCAAUGCCGAACUUGUUAUUAUCCGGCCCACCUGGGUGCGGGAAAACAACCUCGGUGCACGUUUUAGCGCGGACGUUACUCGGGGAUCGGUAUAAAGACGCGGUGUUGGAAUUAAACGCGUCGGACGAGAGAGGGAUAGAUGUGGUGAGAAAUAAAAUCAAAAUGUUUGCACAAAAGAAGGUGACUUUGCCGGCGGGGAGGUGCAAGAUUAUCAUCUUGGACGAAGCGGACGCGAUGACGAAAGGCGCGCAACAAGCGAUGCGAAGGACGAUGGAAAUAUAUUCGGCGACGACGAGAUUCGCGUUGGCGUGUAACUUGAGCGAUAAAAUCAUCGAACCGAUUCAGUCGCGGUGCGCCAUCGUGAGAUUUUCGCGGUUGAGCGAUAAACAAGUUUUGGAAAGGUUGGUGUACGUGUGCGAGCAAGAGAAGGUGCCGCACGACGCGAGAGGGUUAGAGGCGAUCGUGUUUUGCGCGGAAGGGGACAUGAGAAACGCGCUGAACAGUUUACAGGCCUGUCAUAGUGGGUUUCAAAUGGUGAAUCAAGAGAACGUGUUUCGAGUGUGCGAUACGCCGCAUCCGGAAGUCAUAGGCGCUAUUUUACAACACUGCUUAAACGGAGAGUUGGACGAUGCGUGCGAUCGACUGUUAAAGCUGAGAAAGAGCGGGUAUUCGCCACAAGAUUUGAUCAAGACGAUUUUUCAGGUGUGUAAACGGUUCGACGAUAAGGAGAUGUCGGAAUACGUAAAGUUGGAGUUUUUGAAAAUCAUCGGAUUUUUUCACGUGAGGAUUAGCGAAGGGUGCGCGAGCGACGUGCAGUUGUGCGGGAUGGUGGCGAGGUUGUGUGGGUGUAGUUUGGAGGCGAAAAGUGGGAAAUCGUGGUCGACGCCACAGAAGACGUUGAUGGAAAUCAGAAAGGAAGGCGGUUCGAUAGGCGUGAGCGGCUCGGAGUUUCAAUAA